AUAUUUCUUUUGUUCUUAGUUCUUACAAAGAAAGAAAUUAGCCAUGUCAGUUAUUGGAGAGCUUGCUCUAUCUGCUCUCUUUCAGGUGUUAUUUAACAAGAUAACCUCUCCAGACUUGUCGAAGAUCUUUCACAAAGAGAAAGUUGAUGCUGACAUCAAGAUGUGGAAGAGAACGUUGCUGAAAAUCCAUGCAGUUCUUGAUGAUGCAGAAGAGAGGCAGAUGACUAGCAAGCUCGUGAAGGUGUGGUUGGAUGAGCUCAGAGACUUGGCUUAUGAUGUGGAGGACAUCUUGGACGAGUUUGCUACUGAAGCUUUGCGAUGUAAGUUGAAUGCAGAAUCCAGCACAAGUAAUAAGGUAAGAAAGCUCAUCCCUGCUUGUUGUGUGAGUUUGAAUCCAAGUUCAGUUAUGUUUGAUGCUAAUAUGCGGUCGAAGAUCAAAGAUAUCAAUACAAGGUUGCAAGAAAUUGUGACGCAGAAGAAUGAUUUGCAAUUGAGAGACUGGGUUGGGGGAAGGACUAUACCAUCAAGACCAAAGCUGCCCACAACUUCUUUGGUGGAAGGCCUUGUUUAUGGCAGGAAGGAAGAUCAAAAGGCUAUUGUGGACUUGUUGCUGAGCAGUGAGUUGCAUAAUGCUCAACUUUCUGUGAUUCCCAUAGUUGGUAUGGGGGGGUUGGGUAAAACAACUCUUGCCCAACAAGUCUACAAUGACGAUGAGGUAAUGGGUUAUUUUGAUUUGAAAGCAUGGGUUUGUGUUUCUGAAGAUUUUGACAUUGUAAGGGUGACCAAAGUAAUUUUACAGUCUGUAACUACUGAGACCUGUGGUGUUAAUGAUUUGAAUUUACUACAAAUCAAAUUGAAGGAGAAAUUGAAUGGCAAGAAGUUCUUGCUCAUUUUGGAUGAUGUUUGGAAUGACAACUAUAAUGAUUGGACUAAACUACGUUGUCCUUUUGAAUUUGGGGCUCCAGGAAGUAAGAUUUUAAUCACAACUCAGAACGAUCGUGUAUCAUCAAUUAUGGGCACUACUCAAGCUUACAAGUUGAAGGAGUUGUCAAAUGAUGCUUGUUUGACUGUAUUUACCCAAAAUGCAUUGGGGACAACCAGUUUUAGUGCACAUCCAGAACUUCAAGAAAUCGGUCGAAAAGUUUUAGAGAGGUGUAAAGGCUUACCUUUGGCAGCAAAAGCCCUUGGAGGCCUUUUACGCACUAUACCUGAUCGUAAUGAAUGGAAAUGUGUGCUAAAUAGCAAGAUAUGGGAUAUGUCAGCAGAGAAUAAUGAUGUUCUUCCAACUCUUAGAUUGAGCUAUCUAUAUCUCCCUUCAAAUUUAAAGAGGUGUUUUGCCUAUUGUUCACUAUUCCCAAAAGAUUAUGAAUUUGAGGAGAAAGAACUAGUCUUGUUAUGGAUGGCUGAAGGUUUGCUUCAAGAAAUAGGACAGAAGCCAAUGGAAGAUCUUGGUGCUGAGUAUUUUCGUGAUCUACGUAGGAGAUCAUUUUUUCAACAAUCAAGCCGAAAUAAAUCACUCUUUGUCAUGCAUGACCUCAUCAAUGAUCUAGCACAAUGGGCAGCAGGAGACUUGUGUUAUAGGUUGGAGGACAAAUUGGGUGGUGAUAAGCAACUCAAUAUUUCUACAAAGGUACGUCAUUUCUCCUACAUUCGUUGUUAUUAUGAUGGCAUCACAAGAUGUGAAGACUUCCCAAAAGAUAAGCGUUUACGAACCUUCCUACCACUACCAAUAGAGAACUCAGGCUACUUAACAAAUUUCGUUCCUAAUUGUUUGUUGCCACAAUUAAGAUGCUUAAGGGUAUUAUCUUUAUGUGGAUAUGAAAUUAUUGAGCUACCAAGUUCAAUCGGUCAUUUGAAACAUCUAAGAUAUCUCAACAUUUCAUAUACUUUGAUAAGAAGUUUACUAGAAUCAAUAAGUUCUUUAUACAAUUUGCAAACAUUGAUGUUGAAAGGUUGUUCCCAUCUCAUAAAGUUACCAGAGAAAAUUGGGAAUCUAGUAAAUCUUAGACAUCUUGAUAUUACAGAAACGCAUUCAAUCAAAGAGAUGCCGGUGGGAAUAAAAGAAUUAAAGAACCUACAAACACUAUCUGAUUUUGUUGUGGGGAAAGAUACUGGAUCCAAGAUAGGAGACUUGAUGAACUUGAAGUCUCUUCAUGGAACACUUCGCAUUUCACAUUUGGAGAACAUGCUUGAUGUUGAGGAUGCAAGAAAGGCCAAUUUAAAAGGUAAGAAGAAUUUAGAUGCAUUGGUAAUGAAAUGGGAGUUUGCACAUGAUGAUUUACAGGAAGCAGGAAUUGCAAUAGAUGUUCUUGAUAUGCUACAACCUUGGACAACGGUGAAAGAACUUUCAAUUGAUGGCUAUGUUGGUGUGAAAUUCCCAACUUGGUUUGGUCAUCCUUCAUUUUUGAAUAUGGUGCUCUUAAGGAUUGAGAACUGUAGAAAAUGCACAUCAUUGCCAGCAAUCGGACAAUUACCAUCUUUGAAAGACCUUGUCCUAAUUGGAAUGGCUGGGGUACGGAGUGUUGGUCCUGAGUUUUUUGGGGAAGGUUGCUCAAAACCUUUUCAAUCCUUAGAGACACUUCAUUUUGAGAAUAUGCAAGAAUGGCACGAGUGGAUUCCUUGUGGACUUGAGUAUGAAGAAUUCCCACACUUGCGUGAGCUUUUUAUCUUUGAAUGCCCCAAAUUGCAAGGAAAAUUGCCCCUUCAUCUCCCAUCAUUAGAAAAUUUAUCAGUUUGUAAAUGUGAGCAGUUGGUUAUUUCAAUUCCAAGCCUUCCAAUGCUUCAUGAAUUAGAAAUUGUGGGAUGCAAAGAGGUGUUGAACGAAAGUAUGGUUGAGUUAUGCUCGCUACACUCAAUUGUUUUUUCUAUUCCAGAUUUGAAAAGCUUGACAGAAGAGUUCAUUCUGGGGUUAACAAAAGUAAAAAAUCUGACCGUAAAUGAUUGUAAGGAGCUGACAUCUCUAUGUCCAGAUACACUCAUUUCCCUUGUAACACUAGAUAUCAGAUUGUGCCCGAGUCUUAACAACAUCAGCUUGACAUCUACGUUAAGGACACUAAAAAUUGAUGGUUGUAGUGCUUUGAAAUCCCUGCCAAUGUCCAAUUGUAUGUGUUUGAAAUAUGCAACUAUUCGGAAAUGUAAUUCUUUGACAUUCAUUUCAGGAGCCCAGUUACCUCCAGCUUUGAAAGGGUUAUAUGUUUAUAAUUGUGAGAAUUUGCAGUUUGUGGUAGAUGAGGGAGAGGCUUCUUCACCUUCUUUAUUGAUGAAUGGGGAGAAUUUUAACUGCAACAAUAACAAUAAUGCAUCUCAUCUUGAGCUUUUAGAGAUAAGGGAAUGUCCAUCUCUAAAAUGCUUAUCAUCAAAAGGCAACCUACCUACCAUGCUUAAACACCUUGAGAUUUGGCGAUGCUUAGAGUUGACAUCCUUAUCAUCAAUAGACCAGUUACCUGCAUCCCUUAAACACCUUUCUGUACGCUUUUGUCCAAAGUUGGAGUCAAUAGCAGACAAGUUACAAAAUAAUGUGUCUCUUGAACAACUUAGAUUAGUGUAUUGUAAAAAGCUUAAAUCCUUACCGGAGGGCCUACACAGACUCUGCCACCUCAAUGAGAUCAACAUACGUGGCUUUUCAAGUCUUGUUUCCUUCCCGGAUGGAGGGCUGCUCCCCACUAGUCUGAGAAAGGUUUUGAUUGAAGACUGUGAGAAACUUGAGGCCUUGCCCAACUGCAUGCACAAGCUCACCUCGCUUCAACAAUUAAGCAUAUGGGAAUGUCCAAGCAUCAUAUCCUUUCCAGAAGAGGGUUACCCCACCAGUUUAAGGGUUCUUUCUCUAACAGGGGUCAAUAUAUGUAAGCAAGUAUUUAAGUGGGGAUUGCAUAGACUCACGUCUCUUACAGAUCUCUCCAUUUAUGGUGGAUUUCCGGAGUUGCAGUCAUUUCCUGCGGAGGAUGAGGAAGGGAAGCUGAUGAUGACAUUGCCUACCUCUCUCACCACCCUAGAGAUUGCAAAAUUUUCAAAUAUAGGAUUCCUAUCCUCUAAGGGCUUUCAAAACCUCACUGCACUUGAAGAACCGUGGAUAUUCUAUUGCCCUAAACUCGCCUACCUCCCAGAGGACCUGCCUCCCUCGCUUCUAAAACUUCGUAUUUAUGAGUGUCCUCUACUGAAACAACACUGCAAGAAAGGCAAAGGGCGAGAGUGGUUCAAGAUCGCCCACAUCCCUCAAGUUGAGAUUGAUUGGAGGUCUGUCUAUGAGGUGGAGGAGGAGCAGCAAUAAUUGUGUAAAACAUAGAGGAAAAAGUACACAAGUGUACAUAUAUACUCCUUCCAGUCAGCCAGUCUUUGAGCUAUUUAGAAAUGCAGGAAUAUUGCCAUGCUUGAAGGCAUGCCUGUCAAUGCCUCUUAAGUUCUUAACUACUGCAAGCAUGGUUACAAUCUGUCUAGAAAUAAUGGCUGGGAAUCAUUUUCUAAAAGGAGCUGUAAACCUCUUGUUUGCAAAUGGACAUGAUUUGUUGAUUUUUGAGAGUGGAAAGUGCUGAUCUUAGUAGAAGUCAAUAUCAAAAGAAAGACUUGCUUGUGAGAUGCAAGCUUUGUAUGCCAAGAUUGAAUGGGAAAGCAAAUUGCAGUAGGAUGUUAUCUCAAAAGAAAUCCAUUGUACUUUCUCAGACAAUUUGUGCAGGCUUAUUCUAUGUAGCAUGUAUUUAUGAAUGGUGUGGUGGCUGCAUUUGUACUUACCAGUAGCUCCAAGGUUUGCAUUCUUUGUUGUGGAAGGCAAACACCAAGCUGGGAGAUACAAGCUGUUAUGGGAAACAUUUCCGCGCUGCGUUCAUGAUUUUCUAAGCUCUGGUUUCAUCAAGUCCUAGACAAAUUCUCACUAAUGCUGCUCAGCUUGCCAAUUCGGCAGCAUCGUCUUUUAUUCAUAUGGGAUUUCACAAUGGUCCUAUGAAAGAAGAUCCAAAAGGAAAGGAGGCAUAGAUCAAAGAUCCUACUAUACCAUCUGAGCCUUCAAUUUUAACUUAUUUACGGAUUCGCGCCGACUUGACUCCGAUUCGUGCCAACUCGACUCCAAUUCGUGCUGACUUGGCUUUGAUUCACGUCAAUUCGGACCGAUUCCCGCUAAACCAGGCCGAUUCGGCCAGAAUCAAGUCGUAUCAGCUAAAUUGGAUCGUAUUAGCCGGUGGCCAAAACUGACCGAAACAGGCCGAAAUCGGCCUUGAAUCAUGCCGGAACAGCCAAAAUCGGCUUUGAAUGAGGCCCAAACAUCCUAAAACUGUCCUUCCUCAAUUUUAUUUUGAAUAUUUGUUGCUUCUUUUGUGUUCUCUUUUUUGUUUUGUGUUUCUUGCCUUCUUCUUUCUUUGUUUUGUGAACCAAGGACAUAUAAUGUGUUUUUUAAGAAUAUUUUAAUAGUAAAAAUAUAUAGAAAAUAUAAAUAAAAAUAUUUUAAAUAAUUUUUUAAUCGCUACACCCACACCCUACUUUUUCAAAAAUUGCUAAGUCUUGCACCCGCACCCGCACCCGCACCCGCACCCGUGCUUCAUCCCUUUAUUGCAGUUAUUGAAUGAAAUGAACCAGACUAUUAGUAAGGAUACAUUCUUCAACACAAGGUAUAAUAUUGAAAAAAAAAAACACUCAAGAACUGAAUUUAUAUCUUGCCAAGUAUGCAGAAUUUUCCAGAACAUACACCAAUCAGGAUAGAUACAAGUUUUAGAUAGAUGUGGGAAAUUUCGGCAUCAUUAUACUACCUGUUCGAUCUAGAUUUAAGUUAAUUUUAGUAGGGCAAGAUGAUUAACCUGACUGUGUUUCAACUGAAACAACAUUCUGUACUAGUAUAUGAUUUUUAGAAGUUUCAUUGCUGAUGAUAGAUCUGGAAGAAUGCUUAAGGCAUAUUUUAUUUGCUGACUGUUUUUUUUUUCACUGUCCAUUUAUGGU